AUGGAUUUCAACUUCCAAGACAGACAGACUGCAGAUAAUCUGGCUGGGGCUUUGGAGGCCUUGACUGGGUUGUUGAAACAGAGCCGACUGAAGCUGAAUCCUACAAAAACGGAGGUCCUGCACCUGGGCUGUGGGCUCUCAGGCUCUGAGAUCCAGCUCCCAGCCUUUGAUACUUUAACAUUGUGGUAUUCUUUUGCAGUCAACACAUUGCUUGAAAUACUGUUGGGUCUUAUCCUGGGAACAGUCAUCUAUCUCUUUAUGACAAAAAAGGAGGAAAUGAUGCCUAUGGGUGAUAGUUGAUGGGGCAAAGGAAAGAAUCCUGAUUUUGAAGAAGAUACAACUGUACAUCCUUUAAAAGUUGAAACCCAUGUGAAAGGCCUUCACUUGAGCAAGGUAGUGAAUACUGCCUUGGAGUUUAAGCAGCUGCUGUUUGUGCUGCUGGGACUGUAUUUUCCAAACUUUGGUUUUCAAGAAGAGGACAUCCAGCAGUUAUUUCCUUUCUGGAAGAAAACAGUGAUAAAGUUGCUAAAAGAAUUUGGUUUGUAUGCUCACAUACAAGCUACAAGGCCUGAUACUGAGGGGUGUGGCUUGAAUGACUCUCCUGUGGGACUGGCUGCAUACAUAUUGGAGAAGUUUGCUUUAUGGACCAGUUUUAACCACAAAUACUUAGAAGAUGGAGGAUUAGAAAAGAAGUUCCCUCUGGAUGACUUGCUUACAAAUGCUCCUGUACACAUUCCCAGAGGAAUGACUUCUUUUCCCAAUGAUUGCAUGUGUUUUCCUUGAUCGUGGCUACAAGCCAAGUAUGUCAAUAUUAUCUCAUACAACUACAUGCUGCAAAGUAGCCAUUUUGCUGUUUUUGAAGAACCAGAACUUCUGGCAGCAGACAUUCGACAGUUUGUGAAGAAAAUAGAAAAAGGUAGCGUUACCAAAUGA